CAUGGCAAUUAUUUAUAAUUAUUCGUUACGGUACGAAAUAAGCUGUUGUAGGACCCCGAGAUAGGGACAUACCUGGCCCCUAUACAGAGUCUACCCCCAAAAACACUGGUUUGGGACACAAAGACCUUUAUUAUUCUUUCUACGCAAAGAUUUUCUGAUCAAAUACAUUUAUCAAAAGUAUUCAAACACAGAUAAUAACGUGGUUCUCAUUAUAUUGGGGUCAGUCAUAGUUAAACUCAAGCGGUCCUUCGUUACAAGCCAAUGUUAAGUGCUAAACUACGCUUUCUACGUGGAUUGGCUCCUGUCAGCUUUGAUGACUCGAUUCUCCAAUGUUCUACCUUACAAAAUAAGUAUGAAGUACCGAAAAAUCUCCAGUCAAGUUUUGUUACCUCAGAAAAAUUGCAUUCUCGACAUUUGCUACACUUACAGGAAGCAUAUCUCAAUAGAUUUCCAUUCACUAUUGCUAAUCCCACUGUUACCGAAUUAGUCUCUUGUAAGGGCUCUACUUUCGUGUGUCAUAACAAGCCCAUAGAAACAAAAAAUCAAAGUUGUCAGACUGAAACACUUGAUACCGAAACAAACUUAGAAGCUUUAUCUACAAAAGUAGACCAAAUCUUUCACAAGUUAAACUGUCAUGCACUGAAAUCUAUUUCAGAAAGCAAGAUAAAACACUUCCCCAAAUUGUGGUUGGAUUUAGGGGAAUUAAACUAUUCACCAGCGCAGUAUAAUCUAGGUGUAUGGUACGAAAAGCAAGCAUCUGAGUGCCUGUCUCUGCAGGAUGGUCUGAAGCGACAUUAUAACAAACAAGCGGGUCAUUGGUACAGUUGUGCUGUUCGGGGAGAUUCCCAUCCACUGGCUGCCUAUAAUUUAGCAUGUCUUAUUCUAGAUUCUGAAGAGCCCAUAAUCCAUUCAAACUCGUCAGAUAAACCUUUCACAUUUACAGUCACAAAUCUAAUGAAACUGGCCGCUGAUGGUAAUGUCAAACAGGCAAAGAAAUACUUAUCGGAACAAUGUAUUACAAAAACAUAGUUGAUUGGUCGAUCAUUUGAAAUUCUUAUUUAUUUUCUAUAGUUAUAUUAUUUUGAAAGCAUUUACUAAAAACUGCAUUUCAUGACAACUUUCUAGCAAUCGUCUUUUUACUUUAGUAUUUUUCAUAUCCCUCAUUAUGACUUUGAAAUCUCAAUAAAAGGCAACUGGAAGAAAUUGUCUUAUUUUUUCUGAAUGGACAUGGAGC